UGAUCGCACUUUCUGACUCUAAGGAAGACUAAGGCGAUCGUAGAGCGCGUUCUCCUUCUAACGAGAAUUUUUCCGAUCGUGACGAAGAAAUGAUGGCAGGAGCCGGGCAUCACGAUGAUGACGAGGAAAGCGAAGGGGGAACGGAAAACUCUUCUUCGGAGGAAGAAGGCGCUUAUGCGAGCAAUUCGGAUGAUGGAGCUUCACAAGAUUUUGACGAAGGAUUCGACGAUGGAGACCUAGACGACUUCGAUGAAGAUGGAGCGGAUGAUCUCGAUCUUGAUUGAUUGAAGGCAUGCACACCUCAAAAAGCGCAAUUUGUAGGUCAGACUGUACCUAUAAUGUCUGUAUCUAGCACACAACUGUAUCUUUGUAUUGUAUUCUCAUACGGCUUGAUAACCACACAACUUCUGAAGAAAGGCCACCUUACUGACAUUUGUAUCACCAACAACAC